CGGCCUUUCGACGGCCACAGACUCGCUGCUGUCCCUCACCCUCAAUUUUCACAACAAACUUAAUUUGAAAAGUUACCGAGGUUCGUCUCGGGAGAUAUCUCCAGGCAACUCGUAUCUGCACGCUCAAAACGUGUUUGCUAAAAAUUCAGCUGAACUGAAAUAUGGAUAAACGCAUCCCCAUACCCCUUGAACUCAUUGAUAUAAUUAUCAGUGAAUGUCAUCUUGACAUUUCUACCCUACGCUCAUGCUCUCUGGUUAACCGAUCCUGGUCUCCACUCGCUCAGUCCCACCUAUUCUCCCACGUCCGCCUUGAGCCUGAAGGGCUCUGCACCUUUCCCGGGGGCCUAUACUCAACGGAUGAAUUUUCCUAUCACGUUGAGUAUCAAGGCGUCCCCAGCGCAAGCUUUUCCCACCGUGGCGAUCUAGCCACAUUCGCAGCACUUUUAAAGUCGACCCCUCACCUUAGACCGUUCGUGAGAGAGUUGCACGUUGGGGCAUACCAGGAUGAGAUAUGGCCUCGAGACUCGAGCGACAUCCGAGAGAUCGUAAACAUCCUCUUACCCAAGCUCUUUUGCUUGACGAUGAAAUUCCACAAGUUGCAUAGCUGGGAGGAGCUACCGUUUACUGCCAUCUCAGAGUCACCGAAGUUGACGUAUCUGGAGAUAUCUCAUGUCCUGUUUCCCUCCGUCUCCAGCUUUCUUGUCUUUCUCGGGGCGUUCCCCGCCCUCAAGGUCCUUAUCCUAGACGGGGACGUGUGCAUCGAGAACGCCGCCUCUGUAUCCCAGGUCCAAGCCAACCAGUCCAGGCCGCAGCUACGCGCCUUGACAGUCCAUACCACACCUUCUUCCUACUGUACCAUUCUAGACUGCCUGUCGUCGCCCUCCUCCCUCAUUAACGUGGCUACGAUCCAGAGUUUAUCUCUCUUUUGUCGUCUUCGGGACAAGAAUACCCCCAACACUUCCGUGACGCAAUCCACGGCACGGCUACUGGAGUAUGUAAGCAGCCCUCUAGAGCAUCUUCGGCUACCCGUCACUUUGACCGGUCAGUAGCCACCGACAGACUCUUCUACCUUCCGCACUUGCUCACCCUUUCUUUC